AUUGAAGCCAUGACUCCGGACCAAAAGCUGUUAAAUGGUAGCCAACUGUUACUCGAGUGCUCACUAAAUAAUAACACAAUAGAAUACGAUAACAAUGUCUAUGAAGUGAAUUCAUCGAUGAUUUCAUUCAAAUUCGCGAACCAAUACUAUAACGAAGACAAGAUUCGUAUGAUUAGUCCGACGGCCGCCCAACUGGUGGUGAAUGAGGCGACCAUCGACGACAACGGCAUGUACUUCUGUAUGCUCAACAUCUCUGGUCUCGAUCACCACCCGCUCGUGUGUGUCAGUCAUGUGCUCGUAGGAUUCAAACCUCAACCCGUAUCCAACUUCAAGUGCAUUAGUUUGCAUUAUCGCAGACUUCACUGUUCGUGGACUCCGCCCCCGAAUCCCAUACCAACCAGUUAUCACCUCGAAGACAGUGUACACACCGCUAGUUCAUCAAAUUAUUUGGUAAGAGGUUGCGGUAUCGCCACCGAAAACAGUUGCGAAUGGACUCCAGACACGACCCCUCCCUAUCGGAACACAGUUCUCAAGUUCAAUCUGAUCCUCACGGGUCAGAACCAGUUCGGUGUGAACUCUGAGGUGUUUGUUGUCGACCACUACAGUAUUAUUAAACCUAAUAUACCUAAAAAUGUGCGCCCAUUAGAGGUGAGCACUGAUCAGAUUAUACUCGUGUGGAAACCACCCGAUUAUAUAGAAUACGACGAAGACUUGCUCGAAGUUAUU